AUGUCUGACAUGUCCGAUAGUGAUUACUCUGAAUAUUCUUCUUUAACAACAACAACGACGAAGAGACAGCCAGCAAGAAAAGCGAAACCAACUAAGAUAAUUGAAAUAGACAGCGAGAAUUCUGAAGAUAUUUCUGGUAGCGAUUAUGCUCCAUCAAUAUCAAAGGAAAAGAAACAGCCGGCAAAAAGGGCAAAAACAGCAAAGAAAACUCAAGUAGAAGAUGAGGCUUCUGAUAAAGAUAUUUCCGAUUAUUCUCCGUCUACAUCAAAAGGAAAGAAACAGCCAACAAAAAAGGCCAAAGCCACAAAGAAAACUCAAAUGGACAAUGAAGUUGUUGAUAUCGAUGUUUCUGAUUCUCAUUCGACGGCCAAGGCAAAGAAACAACCGAUAAAGAAAGCAAAAGCAACAAAGAAAAUUCAAUUGAAUAAUGAGGAUUCUGACAACGAUAUUUCGGACGCUCCAGAAGCUUCUUCAAGCAAAGCAGACACUUUACAUAGCGGAAAAACCGUCGAAGAAAUAUAUCAAAAGAAAACUCAAAUUGAGCAUGUUUUAUUACGGCCAGACACUUACAUCGGGUCUGUUGAAGCUAUAACUGAAAAACUUUGGGUUUACGACUCUGAAUCUGAUUCUAUGGUGUACAAGGAUGCGACUAUAGUCCCUGGGCUUUACAAGAUUGUUGACGAAAUAUUGGUUAACGCAGCUGAUAAUAAGAUUCGUGAUCCUUCAAUGAAUACCAUAAAAGUUAAGAUCGACAAAGAACAGAAUCUCAUAUCAGUAUAUAACAAUGGUAAAGGAAUUCCUAUCGAGAUACAUAAGGAAGAAAAUGUUUAUGUUCCUGAAUUGAUUUUCGGGCACCUUUUGACAUCAUCGAAUUAUGAUGAUAAUGAAAAAAAGGUUACGGGAGGUCGUAAUGGAUAUGGCGCUAAAUUGACAAACAUUUUUAGCACUGAAUUUAUUGUGGAGACGACUGACACAAAUGCUAAAAAAAAGUACAAACAAAUAUUCAAGGAUAACAUGAGCGUCAAACAAAAUCCAAAAGUAACUUCAUAUUCAAAGAAAGAAGAGUAUACUGAGAUAACCUUUAAUCCGGAUCUUGCAAAGUUUGGUUUAACUGAAUUAACUGAUGAUAUUGUUGCGUUGUUAAAAAAGCGUGUAUUCGAUAUGGCUGGUUGUGUUAAGAAUGUUAAAGUCUUUUUGAAUGAUGAACGAAUUAAGGUUCGAAAUUUCAAGGAAUAUAUUCAAAAAUAUUUACCAGCUCCAAAUCCUUCUGAAGACUCAGUUGCGAAAUCGCCAGAUAUAAUACAUGAGCAGGUUAAUGAACGCUGGGAAGUUGGUUUUACUCCAAGUCAAGAGGGUCAAUUUCAGCAAGUGAGCUUUGUAAAUAGUAUCGCUACCAUGAAAGGUGGUACACAUGUCAACCAUGUUGUUGAUCAACUGGUUACAAGAAUUGUAGAAACUGUUAAGAAGAAGCAUAAAGAUGCCAAAUUAAAACCAUUCCAAGUUAAAAAUCAUAUAUCAGUAUAUAUUAACUGCUUAAUUGAAAACCCGAGUUUCACAUCUCAAACUAAGGAAUAUAUGAGUCUAAAAGAGAAAUCAUUUGGCUCGUCUUGUACUCUUAGUGAAAAUUUCAUAAAUAAAGUGUUAAAGUCUGUAAUUAUAACGAAUAUCAUUGAAGAAGUCAAACAAAAACAAGAUAGAGAGUUAAAGAAAACAGACGGUGCAAAAAGGUCCAAUGUCCUUUCUAUCGAAAAAUUGGAAGACGCUGGUCAUGCUGGCGGCAAGUACGCACAAAACUGUACUUUAAUCCUUACAGAAGGUGAUUCAGCCAAGUCUCUUGCCGUUGCCGGAAUUUCAGUUGUCGGUCGUAAGAAUUUUGGUGUAUUUCCACUUCGUGGAAAAUUAUUAAACGUUCGUGAUGCAUCACAUUCGUCAAUAAUGAGCAAUGAAGAAAUUCAAAACAUCAAGAAAAUCCUUGGAUUACAACAUAAUAAGCAGUAUACAUCAACAAAAGACUUACGAUACGGCCAUCUUAUGAUUAUGACUGAUCAGGAUUAUGAUGGAAGUCAUAUUAAAGGACUUAUUAUCAAUCUUUUGGAUCACUUUUAUCCUUCCUUAUUGAAAAUUCCGGAUUUUUUACGCGAAUUUAUUACACCUAUUGUCAAGUGUACUAAUAAUCGAACAAAAGAGGUAAUUUCAUUCUAUACAAUUCCAGAAUAUGAGCAGUGGAAAUCAUUAAAUAAUGAAGGAAAAGGCUGGUCCAUAAAGUAUUACAAAGGAUUGGGGACUAGUGAAGCUAGAGAUGCGAAAGAAUACUUUAGUGAUUUGCCUACUCAUAUGAAACCUUUUCGCGAGCUUCAACAAGACGAACGUUCACUAAUAGAUAUGGCAUUUAAUAAAAAAAAAGCAGAUGCUCGUAAGGAAUGGCUGCGGACUUUUCAACCUGGAACUUAUAUGGAUCAUAAUGUUGACGAAAUCACAAUCACUGAUUUUAUUAACAAGGAGUUAAUAUUAUUCAGUAUGGCAGAUAACGCACGUUCAAUACCUUCAGUAAUUGAUGGAUUUAAACCUGGUCAGCGUAAAGUUAUGUAUGGUUGUUUUAAGAGAAACCUUAAUAAAGAAGUUAAAGUCGCACAAUUGGCAGGAUACAUCUCAGAGCAUUCAGCUUACCAUCAUGGAGAGCAAAGUCUUACAUCUACCAUAAUUGGUCUGGCUUAUGAUUUUGUUGGAUCUAACAACAUAAAUUUGUUGCAACCACGAGGUACAUUUGGUUCAAGGGCCCAGGGUGGAAAAGAUGCUGCAAGUGCUCGUUACAUUAAUACUGCACUUCAACCAAUCACACGACUAAUAUACCAUAGAGCAGAUGAUAAUUUAUUGAAAUAUCUUAAUGAUGAUGGUCAAUGGAUCGAGCCUGAAUGGUAUUGUCCAACUAUACCAAUGGUUCUUGUAAAUGGAUCAGAAGGUAUUGGAACAGGGUGGAGUUCUUACAUUCCAAAUUAUAAUCCUAUGGAUUUGGUUAAAAACAUACUUCGCCUGAUGGAAGGCGAAGAACAAGAACCAAUGCAUCCCUGGUAUCGUGGUUUUAAGGGUGUUAUUAAGCCAUUGGAUAAAGACAAAUACACGAAUAACGGUGUGAUCGAAAGAAUUUCUCCUACAGAAAUAAAGAUUACAGAAUUGCCUGUUCGAACUUGGACACAGAAUUAUAAAAAAGAUCUAAUCGACAAGUUUAUGGGAUUUAUAAAUAAGUUUGACGAAGAACAUAAAGCUUAUACCGUAGAUUUUUAUAUUUCACUAAAGGAAGAGCUUGCCGAUCUUACUGACGAAGAACUUGCGAAAAAGUUUAAGAUCAAUUCCACUAUUCCUACUUCGAAUAUGGUUUGUUUUGAUCCAGAGGGCCGCUUGAAAAAGUACCAGACUCCUGAAGAUAUUCUUCAAGAAUUUUAUCAUGUUAGGUUAGACAUGUAUUCUAAGAGAAAAGAUUACUUGAUAGCUGAAUUAAGACAUGAGUGCCUUAAGUUAUCAAACAAAGUGCGAUUUAUCAACAUGAAGAUAAAACAUGAGCUCGAGUUUGAAGGAUUGAGGAAAAAAGCUAUAAUAGAAUUACUGGCAGCUAAUAGUUUUGACAGAGUUCAUAAAAGACCUGUUGUAAAAUAUGGUUUAGAAGAGGCGAGUGAUGAGGCGGAAGAAGAUUCAAAUGAUAGCGGUUAUAACUAUCUUAUGUCAACACCUGCAUGGGCUUUCAGUAAAGAGGAGGCUGAGAGAAUUAAUUCAUUGAAAAAUGAAAAAGAAAAAGAGUUAAAAAUUCUUGAGGCAAAGCCUCCUAAAGAAUUUUGGAAGGACGAUUUAAAGGCAUUUGAAGAGCAAUGGAAUAAAGAUUUGGCUGAAUUCGAAGAAAAUAUGAACGAGUCAGUUGGUGGUGUAAAAAAAGGCAAAAAAAGAGUAAUAAAACCAACUCAAAAAGCUAAAGCGAAAACUGUGAAUAAGUUAGAUGAUGAAAAGAGCGAUGUUGAAGUUGUUGCAGUUAAAUCAAAAAGAAAAAAGGUUUUUGAUUCAAAUGAAGGUCCACGAUCCAAAAUAGCCAACGUUUUUGCCUUUGAUUCCUCUUCUGAUGAAGAAGAACCAAAACCAAAACGA